AUGUCAUCAAAGCUUGUCGCUUGGGAUCGCCUCGUGCGUUACAUUCCAGAAAAGGGAGCAAAUGAGGUUCGAUAUGGGGAGCCAAUCCUUGAAGACCCAGAUGCAGAUGUGGCAAGCCUCGCCAGCACUGGAAACCUCCAAGUCCGAGUAUUGGAAGGGUUUGAUCCUCUGAAGGCAAUACCCACAGGCCAAUUGGACACAGUGAAGGAGCUUCUGGGUCCUUUGGAACCUAAGGACGUGCCUAUAAUUCGAUGCGUUGGGCUCAACUAUAAAACACACAUUCUUGAGACCGGACGACCACUUCCUGAAAGCCCAACGGUAUUCACCAAGCCUGCACCUGCCGUGGCUGGGCAUGGAGAAGACAUUCCAAUUCCACCGAUAGCUCAGGAUGAAUGUGAUUAUGAAGGCGAGCUGGUGGUUCUCAUUGGUAAAUCCGGCAAGGACAUAACGGAAGAGGAUGCUCUGGAAUACGUCGCGGCGUACACCGCUGGAAACGAUGUCUCCGCUCGCGACUGGCAACGUCAGCCAGCGAAAGCAGGGCCAGUUCCGCAAUGGACGUUUAGCAAAUCUUUUGAUAAGUAUGCUCCGCUUGGACCCUGCUUAGUCGCCUCGCAUGUGCUGGGAGCGGCCGAUGAUCUGUCAUUGAAGACCCUCGUGAACGGUGAGGUGAGGCAGAAUGGGAACACCGGCGAUCUAUGCUUUGGCGUUCGGAAACUUAUCGCCUUCUGUAGCCAAGGUCAGACUCUACAAAAAGGGUCUCUGAUCAUGACGGGUACUCCAGGUGGAGUUGGGCUGUUCAUGAAGCCUCCACUGUUUUUGAAGCAUGGAGAUGAGGUUACAGUCGAUAUCAGCCGGAUUGGGCGUCUCACGAAUCGAGUACUAUUCUAG